AGUCUCGAAAUAACCACGAUAUGGGAAAACUUACGCUUUACGGAAUUGACGGAAGUCCUCCAGUCCGCUCGGUGUUCCUCACCUUGAACGCUUUGGGCUUGGAAUUCCACUACAAGAUCGUCAACCUUCUGGAGAAGGAGCACCUAACCCCAGAAUUUCUUAAGAUUAAUCCGUUGCACACUGUGCCCGUCCUGGAAGAUGACGGUUUCUUUUUGACCGACAGCCAUGUCAUCAACUCCUACCUGGUGAGCAAGUAUGGCAAGGAUGAUUCCUUAUACCCCAAGGAUCUACAGAAGCGAGCCAUUGUCGAUCAGCGUCUGCACUACGACUCCAGUGUCAUCGCUUCCACCGGAAAAUCUAUUUUAGUCCCACUCUUAUGGGAGAACAAGACGGAGAUUCCACAGGCCAGAAUCGAUGCCCUGGAGGGUGUGUACAAGUCCCUGAAUCUGUUCCUGGAAAGUGGCGAUUAUCUGGCUGGAGACAACCUGACCAUUGCCGAUUUCCACAUCACUGCCGCCCUAACUGGCUUUCUGGUGUUCCUGCCAGUGGAUGCCACCAAGUAUCCCAAACUUGCUGCCUGGAUCGAGCGCAUCAAGGAGCUGCCCUACUACAAGGCGGCCAAUGGAAACCGGGCUGCCCAAUUCAUCGCGUUCAUCAAGAGCAAGAACUUUACAAUUGUCUAAGGGUCUGAAACACUCUGACUAUGUUACUCGAAAUAAAUUAUUAAAAAUAUUGCCAAAACCA